AACUAGUUUAUUGAACUAAAACAGAACGGGAGCGUCACGAAUUGUAUGUGUAUAAUAUACGGCCAUUACACUUUGUGACUGUGUGAGGGUGUUAAAAUUGUAAUAAUAUACAUAAGAAGAAUGUUUGUUAGCUGGGUUUAAGUAGUAUACCUCAUCAUCCAUGUUCUCGGCUAGUAAAUUGAAUUAACAGCAAUCCAGCAAAUUUUCAAUUUCAAUCAUAAUUGAUGUGCAAGCAAAGCAAAGCAAAGUGCAAGCGCCGUUCUUCUUUGUUCAGCUGUGAAGAGAGUGUAACAAAAGUGUGUAGUGUUAAAGUAAAGUAAAAAAAUUUCAAUUAGAAAAUUAACAUUCCAUUUGGUUUGGUGAGGCACUUCGAAGUAGAGACGAAGGAGUUAUGUUUAGCAUUAGCGAAUUAUGCUGCAUGUUCUGCUGCCCGCCUUGUCCCGGACCGAUUGCUGCCAAACUCGCUUUCCAGCCACCUGAGCCAACAUACAAAUUGACGCCAGCUGAUGACACAAACAUCAAAUACAAUUUACAGCUAUAUGAUCGCGCAGAGUGGCAAUACUCGGAACGUGAGAAAUCCAAAAUCGAGGCGUUCUUCACCCGCACAUCUCGGGGCAAUUUGAUAACAUGCACCUAUGUGCGUUGCAGCAAGAAUGCAAAAUAUACUCUGCUCUUUUCACAUGGCAACGCCGUCGAUUUGGGUCAAAUGAGUAGCUUUUAUCUCACACUCGGCUCGCAAAUCAAUUGCAACAUCUUUGGCUACGAUUAUUCGGGAUAUGGCAUGAGUGGUGGCAAACCCUCCGAGAAGAAUCUUUAUGCAGAUAUCGAGGCAGCUUGGCAAGCAAUGCGAACAAGGCUUAAUAUUAGUCCAGAGACUAUCAUAUUAUAUGGCCAAAGUAUAGGCACAGUUCCCACUGUGGACUUGGCAUCGCGACAUGAAGUCGGCGCCGUAAUUCUGCAUUCACCAUUGAUGUCCGGACUGCGAGUUGUCUUUAGAAACACAAAACGAACGUGGUUCUUUGAUGCCUUUCCAAGUAUUGAUAAGGUGCCGAAAGUGAAAUCACCUGUUUUGGUUAUUCACGGCACUGAUGACGAGGUCAUUGAUUUUUCUCACGGCAUUGGCAUUUAUGAGCGAUGUCCCAAGACUGUCGAACCAUUUUGGGUGGAGGGAGCUGGACAUAACGAUGUGGAACUGCAUCCCCAAUAUUAUGAGCGAUUGAGAAAGUUUCUUUCCGUUGAACUGAUCAAAUGACAAUUAAAGAAUAAUGUCGUCGAGGCAGGCGGUCGUAGCAGUACAUCUGCUGAUGGAGCAGCUAAUACAAAUCUAAAUAUCGCAGCUAGUUUGAAAUAUAGUCAAAAAACGCCGCAGACAACAACAACAACAGCUUCAACAGCGACCGAACGUGAAUCUAAUAUCAAAAACAAUAAGCCAGACGACAACGAUGGAUAUACAGCUUCCGGUUCGAUUUCAAUUAAAGAUCUUGCAGAAAAGUUUCUCUAGCAAAAACAAGCCUUGCUCACAAUUAAUGCAGGCCAUAAACUUAACAAAUUUCAAUAUUUCACAAGGAUGCGCAAGCCAUACAUAGAUACCGAAACAUCUGGAAAAUAGUUUAUUGAUUGAGAAGGAAAGAUUGUCGACAAAUUAAGUGACAACAUCAUCGUAACACAACACACAGCUCUCCCAAUAAAUACACCUGUCUCUUAUUACACCAUUCUUAUAUUGCCGAUGCCGAAGCAUUCGAAUUUAGUAUUCCAAUAUCCCGCACAAUACUCUUCUUGGCCAAUAUACAUACUUAUAUAAAUAAUUUAUUAGCUUAAUACAAAAUCUGUUUAAAAAUCAAUAAUGGUACAGAAUUUUAAGAAACCUUCAGUGAUAAUUAAAGAUUUACAACCAUUCCAUGAACAUGUAGUGGUAAAUGUAGUCGUAAAUCUUAUGAGAAUAAAGAUUAUAAUAAAUAAA